UUUCUGUCAGAAUAUUAGAUAUGGCUACUAAAGGACCGCCAAGAAAAAAAAUAAAGAAACAUAAUACUCUUUUAACUGAAGAAAAUAAUAAAAAACAACAAGAAGAAAUUUUAGGAACUGUUAUUGCUCAGUUAAAAUCUAUCGAAGGUGAAAUUAUUGGUGCUCCUUUAAGUUUACCUGCCAAUGUUACUCCUGAACAACUUGAAUUAUUAGUCAAUCAAUUGCUAUCAAAUGACGAACCGCUUCCUUACUCAUUUUCUGUUGAUGAUAAAGAGAUAACUAGUACACUUUAUAAAGAUAUUAUCCAAGGAUUAAAAAAAUCAACAGAAGAUGUUUUGACUAUUGUCUAUCAACCACAAGCUAUAUUUCGUGUUCGAGCUGUGACCCGUUGUACUUCUACACUAAAUGGACAUAAUGAUGCUAUCCUGUCGGUUAGCUUUAGUCCUGAUGGCACUCAACUUGCCACAGGUUCAGGCGACACGACUGUAAGAAUAUGGGAUCUCAACACGGAAACACCUCAUUUUACGUGCAAAGGUCACACAAAUUGGGUCUUGUACAUCUCAUGGUCUCCAAAUGGUAAAUUAUUAGCUUCUGGAAGUAUGGAUAAAACAGUUAGAUUAUGGAUCCCGUCAACAGGAAAGUCACUAGGAGAUCCAUUAAAAGGGCAUACACAAUGUAUAACUUGUCUAGCAUGGGAACCACAGCAUCUGAAUCCUAAAUGCAAUCGAUUGGCGUCAUCAUCAAAAGAUGGCACGAUUAGGGUAUGGGAUACAACAUUACGACGUGUUGUAAUGACAAUGUCGCAACAUACUGCAGCUGUUACAUGUAUAAAAUGGGGAGGGGAUGGGUUACUUUAUUCUUCUAGUCGGGAUAAAACAAUUAAGGUUUGGGAUGCAAUUCAAGGAAAGCUUGUUAGGACUUUAGAAGGUCAUGGUCAUUGGGUUAAUACUAUGGCAUUAAGCACUGAUUUUGUAUUAAGGACUGGUGCUUUUGAUCAUACCGGUAAAAUUUCGAAAGAUGAAAAGGAAGCACAAGAGUGGGCUUUAUCUAGGUAUAAAGCUGCAGUGGGAAACAAACCAGAACGUUUAGUUUCUGGUAGUGACGAUUUUACAAUGCUUUUUUGGGAACCAAGCACGAGUAAAAAACCAAUUGCUAGAUUAACAGGUCAUCAAAAAUUAGUUAAUCAUGUUAGUUUUUCACCGGAUGGACACUUAUUUGCUAGUGCAAGUUUUGAUAAUUCUGUAAAACUUUGGGAUGGUUUAACUGGAAAGUUUAUUGCUUCAUUAAGAGGUCAUGUUUGUCCUGUUUAUCAAGUUUGUUGGUCUUCUGAUAGUAGAUUGCUUAUAAGUGCUAGUAAAGAUAGCACCAUAAAGAUUUGGGAUUUAAAAUCUAAUAAGAUUAAAUUAGAUUUGCCAGGACAUUUAGAUGAAGUAUUCAGUGUGGAUUGGAGCCCAAGUGGUGAAAAAGUUGCAAGUGGUGGUAAAGAUAGACAAUUGAAGAUGUAAGUUCUCAAAUUUUAAAUUGACCAAGUAUAUAAUGAUAUUAACUUUAUCUUUCUUUAACUUUAUAGAUGGAGAAAUUAAUAUUAUAAUAG